UUAGUUAACCUUAGGCAAUGUUGGUCAAUAUCCUCAUUAUAUUCGGUUUGUAAACAUAGAAUAAUUCAUUACGUUUUUGAAAAUGGCAGAUAAUGGAAGUGAAUCGCAAUGUCCGAUUUGUGAAACAUGUUUUCCUAUUGCUGAGAUAGAAGCACACGUAAAUAAAUGCAUAUUUUUAAAUUGUUCUGAAGAAACACAGAAGAGGCCGGCCUCACCAAUUGCGGGUAACAAAGCAAAAUCACCGCGCUAUAAUAAUGCACCUCCAAAACCCAAAAAUUUUCUUCAAUCAAAACAAUUAGAUUUUAAAAAUGUACCAUCCACCAGCACAAAUGGCCCAAGUACUGCAAGUUCAACAAAAUUUUCAUUUACUGUUCCUUUGGCAAAGCAAGUGCAACCAAAAACUUUAGACCAGUUUUUUGGACAAAGUAAGGUACUGGGAAGCAAUACAGUCCUUCGACAAUUACUAGGAAAAGCAGAUAUACCAAAUAUGAUCCUUUGGGGUCCACCAGGUUGUGGAAAAACAUCACUCUCUGGUGUUGUGCAUGAGAUAUGUAAAGCCAAUCCUAAAACUUUGAAAUUUGUACCACUGAAUGCUGCCACAUGUGGAGUUAAGGAAGUGCAAACUAUUAUAAUGGAUGCAAAAAUGCAGCAAAAAUUUGGCAGAAAAACUGUACUGUUUAUGGACGAAAUACACAGGUUCAAUAAAAGGCAACAGGACAUAUUUCUUGCUGAUGUGGAGAAAGGCACAAUCACAUUAAUUGGAGCUACCACAGAGAAUCCUUCAUUCAGCUUGAAUAAUGCCUUACUAAGUAGAUGUAGAGUCAUUGUGAUGGAGAAACUUGAAACUGAUUAUUUGAUUAAAAUUUUGGAAAGGGCAGUAACCACAUUGGACAUUAAAAUUGUCAAGUUGAAAGACGAAUAUUCUUCAGAUGAUGGAUUGACUAUAGAACUUGAUGCUUUGAAUUGGAUAGCAGAUACAAGUGAUGGAGAUGCUAGAAUUGCUUUGAGCAAUUUACAAUUGUUGCUGCAGCAGAAUGACUUAGACAAAAAUAAGUUAAUAACAGUUGAAGAUAUUAAAGAUGGAAUUAAAAAAUCCCAUUUACUGUAUGAUAGGAAAGGGGAAGAGCAUUACAAUAUAAUUUCUGCUAUGCACAAGUCUAUUAGAGGAUCUGAUGUUAAUGCAGCACUGUAUUGGACAACAAGGAUGAUAGUUAGUGGAGAGGAUCCUCUCUUUAUAGCAAGGAGAUUAGUUAGAGCAGCUAGUGAAGAUAUUGGUAAUUCUGAUCCUGCUGCACUUCAACUAGCUGUAACAACCAUGCAGGGUUGUCAACUGUUGGGAAUGCCAGAAGCUGACGUGCUAUUAGCGCAAUGUGCUAUUUAUUUAGCUAGAGCCCCAAAAUCUAGGGAAGCAGAUACAGCUUUGGCAGCUGCUAAGCAAGUAAUCAAUAGUUGCGAGGGGUUGCAGCCGUCUGUACCAAUGCACAUUAGAAAUGCUCCGACGAAGCUGAUGAAGGAAUUAGGCUAUGGAAAAGUAGCUUCAGGGACAAAACCAUCAUUUAUGCCAGCAGGGUUGGAAAAUGUAAAGUUUUUCAAAUAAAAUUUGAUUACAUAUAAAAUAAAUUAUAAAUUAAACUAUCUAUACAAAUGUUCGAUUUAUUUAUUUUUUGUUUAUCUGUAAUAUACAGACAC